GCCUACCGGCGAUCUUGAUCUCUCUCACAAAACUCCCAAGCAUUUCUCGCUCCUUCCAGCUCAAUAUCGUCGUCGCUACGGCCGCUGGAAUUUUUCUCACCGACAAAAUCUCCUAUCCAUGGCCUUCCCGAUGCCGGGGCCGUCCAAACAACGACCAUUCAAUACCACCAUAGUCUCUAUGUCGGAACAAAAGAAAACCCUCAAUACAGCCACGACCAUGCCCAUCCCGGGACCAUCUAUCGAAGACUAUACGAUUGGUUGGAUAUGUGCCCUACAAGAAGAAUACGAGGCUGCAUGUCGGAUGCUUGACGAAGAAUUUGAUGGUCCUGAGACAAAUGAGAUCAAUGAUAACAAUACCUACACUCUUGGCCGCAUUGAUGGACAUAGUGUGAUCAUUGGAUGCCUACCAGAUGGUGUGUAUGGGGCCAGCUCUGCAGCGAUCGUCGCUAGAGAUAUGGUCCGAUCGUUCCCCAACUUGAAGUUCGCCUUAAUGGUGGGCAUUGGGGGAGGCGCUCCAACACGGGAAAGAGACAUUCGACUCGGUGAUGUUGUGGUCAGCGCACCACGGGGCGCGUUCGGAGGCGUGGUGCAAUAUGAUUUAGGAAAACGGCAGUCAGACGGUCGAUUCCAGCGGACCGGCCAGCUAAACGCUCCCCCAACGGUACUUCUAGGAGCGCUCCCCAGGAUCAAACGUCACCACAAUGACCCAAGGAAGCCGGAUAGAAUCGCCGAGCACCUAAAACUCAUGGAUGAUAUGCCUGACUACCGGCGUCCGGCCCAAGAUCAAUUGUUUCGCGCCGACUAUGACCAUAAGGAUGGGAAGAACUGCAGUAGUUGCGAAGUUAGCGGGUUGGAGGAGCGUCCGCUACGUUCUAUCAGCCGUGAAGUCAUUGUCCACUACGGCACUAUUGCAUCCGCUAAUUCCGUCAUGAAAGAUGCAGCGGAGAGAGACCGAUACGCCCAAGACCCAGAGCUUAACGUGCUAUGCUUCGAGAUGGAAGCCGCGGGCUUGAUGAAUAACUUUCCGUGCCUGGUGAUUCGAGGGGUUUGCGAUUAUUCAGACUCGCAUAAAAAUGAUGAAUGGCAUAAAUAUGCAGCGCUGACAGCUGCCGCAUAUGCGAGAGAGCUUCUUUAUGAGUUGAAACCUCAGAAGGUAUCCACGCUAGAGUCAUGGGUAGGGAAACUAGCAGAACUUCAGAACGACGUACGGGAAAUCCACUCCACGACGAGCCGUAUAUAUGCGGGGGUUGAUAGUCUCAAGUCAGACGGUCAUCUUGACAAACUCAAGAAGUGGCUCUCUCCUCCCGAUCCCUCAACCAAUCUUAAUACGGCAAAGGAGAAGCGCCACGAAGGCACUGGAGGUUGGUUUAUCGAUAGCGCCGCUUUUGUUGAGUGGAAGUUGGGAUCUCGCCGACACCUAUGGCUGCACGGGCUGGCGGGCUGUGGCAAGACGGUCCUCACCUCGACCAUUCUUGACCAUCUGCAGGACAUCCAGAAAGACUCGUAUGUGUGCCUGGAUUUCUUCUUCGACUUUCGCGACCAGGCCAAACAGCACCUUGACAACCUUUUACGUUCGCUUGCGUUCCAGCUAUAUUCACGAUGCGUCGAUUCACAACAGGAGCUGAAUAGUCUAUUUGUCUCGCACGAGGACGGCAAAAAGCAACCAACAACCGAGUCGCUAUCUAAAGCUGUCCAUCUUAUGAUGCAGCGUCCUCACAGGCUUAAGAUCAUAUUGGAUGCUUUGGAUGAAUGCACCGCUAGAUCCGAACUGCUAAAUUGGAUAGAGACCUUGUCUGAUUCUAAGCUAACGAACGUCUACUUUAUCGCUACAAGCAGGCGCGAGGAAGAGCUAGAGUCUGGUCUUGGUAGAUGGAUGGAUAAGGAAAAUAUGAUCCCUCUGGAUAGUAACCUCGUCAAUGCAGAUAUUCGCUCCUAUACUGAAGCAAGACUCCGACAAAGCAGCGAAUUCAUGCGAUGGGCCUCGAGACCUGAUGUGUUGAAAGAGAUCGAAUCCGUAAUUGGGGGAAAAUCUAACGGAAUGUUCCGAUGGGCUGUAUGUCAACUGGAUAGCCUCGAGCACUGCCUGGACUACAAUGAGCUGCAGAGCGCCCUUGAUUCUCUGCCACAAGACUUGAAUGAAACAUAUUCUCGAAUUCUCACAAGUAUUCCCGAAGGCCGGAGAGAAAAGGCAGUCCGAAUUCUCCAAUUUCUAAUAUACUCAGAACGGCCCUUGACUGUUGAAGAAGCUGUGGAUGUAAUAGCCAUCCGCCUCGACCCUCAUGGCCAAUUUGACCAAAAUUCCAGAUUGCCACGUCCCAACGAGAUCACGAGGUUCUGUUCAGGCCUAGUUUCUCUCGUAACUAAGGGAUUUGCUGGGGAAACGGUGACACAGCUCGAGUUGGCCCAUUUUUCCGUUAAAGAGUACCUGAUAUCUACGAAACUCCCGGAAUCAUUUCGAUAUAAAUUUUCCGAACCAAACUCUAGGGGUUCCAUAACACGGAGUUGCUUAGCCUACCUUGCUUGUAUCAAAUCCGGAGAGUCGAUUACCAAUAUCGCUACCCAGUUUCCGCUAGCGAGGUACUCGGCAAAGUACUGGAUGGACCAUGCCAGACCUGCGGAGACCCUGAAUAAUGUCAUACAAAGCAUUUUGGACUUCUUUCAAAAUAAUACGGCAUAUACGACCUGGGGUCGUUUAUUUAACCCUGAAUGUUAUUGGAAUGAGCACCCGGAACCAAAUACAAUUCGCCCACUUUAUUUCGCAUCUCUAAAGGGUCUCAAUACCGUUGUCCAGGCGCUGCUCGGGAAGGGCACCGAUAUAAAUGUACAGGGUGGCAGGUAUGGCAACGCGCUUCAGGCCGCCUCUUCUGAAGGCUACGACAAGAUCAUUGAGAUGCUGCUUGAAAAAGGCGCCGAUGUGAAUGCACAGGGUGGCCACUACGGUAACGCGCUUCAGGCUGCCUCUUCCGAAGGCCACGAUAAGAUCGUCCAGAUGCUGCUCAAGAAGGGCGCCCGUGUGAAUGCAAAGGGUGGCAGGUACGGUAACGCACUUCAGGCCGCCUCUCAUCGAGGCCGCGACAAGAUCGUCCAGAUGCUGCUCGAGAAAGGCGCCCGUGUGAAUGCACAGGGUGGCGAGUACGGCAACGCGCUUCAGGCCGCCUCUUCUAGAGGCCACGACGUGAUCGCCCAGGUGCUGCUCGAGAAGGGCGCCGAUGUGAAUGCAAAGGGUGGCGAGUAUGGCAACGCGCUUCAGGCCGCCUCUUCUAGAGGCCAUGACAUGAUCGUCCAGAUGCUACUCAAGAAGGGCGCUGAUGUGAAUGCACAGAAUUACCGCUACAGUAACGCGCUUCAGGCUGCCUCUUAUGGAGGCCACGAUAAGAUCGUCCAGAUGCUGCUCGAGAACGGUGCCAAUGUGAAUGUACAGAAUGGUAUGUACGGCAACGCGCUUCAGGCUGCCUCUUAUCGAGGCUCCGACAAGAUCGUCCAGAUGCUCCUCGAGAAAGGCGCCGAUGUGAAUGCACAGGGUGGCCACUACGGCAACGCGCUUAAGGCCGCCUCUUCUAGAGGCCACGACAUGAUCGUCCAGAUGCUGCUCGAGAAGGGCGCCGAUAUGAAUGCACAGGGUGGCAGGUACAGUAACCCGCUUCAGGCUGCCUCUUAUGAAGGUCACGAUAAGAUCGUCCAGAUGCUGCUAGAGAAGGGCGCCGAUGUGAAUGCACAGGGUGGCGAGUACGGCAAUGCGCUUCAGGCCGCCUCUUAUGACGGCCACGAUAAGAUCGUCCAGAUGCUGCUCGAGAAGGGCGCCGAUGUGAAUGCACAGGGUGGCAGGUACGGUAACGCACUUCAGGCCGCCUCUAAGCAAGGCUGCGACAAGAUCGUCCAGAUGCUGCUCGAGAAGGGCGCCGGGUGGCGAGUACGGCAAUGCGCUUCAGGCCGCCUCUUAUGACGGCCACGAUAAGAUCGUCCAGAUGCUGCUCGAGAAGGGCGCCGAUGUGAAUGCACAGGGUGGCGAGUACGGCAACGCGCUUCAGGCCGCCUCUUAUCGAGGCCGCAACAAGAUCGUCCAGAUGCUGCUCGAGAAGGGCGCCGAUGUGAAUGCACAGGGUGGCAGGUAUGGCAACGCGCUUCAGGCUGCCUCUUAUGAAGGCUACGAUAAGAUCGUCCAGAUGCUGCUCGAGAAGGGCGCCGAUGUGAAUGCACAGGGUGGCAGGUAUGGCAACACGCUUCAGGCUGCCUCUUAUCGAGGCCGCCGUCACGGCAAGGUCCGUGUGAGAGACGGCAGGUACGCCAGAUCAAGGUGGUCACAAUGAAGGUAACAAGAACUACGAGCAAUGACUGGUAUUAGGGGAAGACUUCAACCU